AUGACAAGUGAAAAACUGUGCAAGGAUGAUGAAAGUGAACCUGCAAAUGAGAAUGAGUACAGACAAAUUGUGGGUAGCUUACUAUAUCUGACAGCUACAAGACCUGACAUAAUGUUUGCAGCUAGCCUAUUAGCAAGGUUCAUGCAUUGCCCAACAAAGAAACACUAUGGAACGGCUAAGAGGGUGCUAAGUGGAGUAUACUCUUGGGCAUCAGUCAAACAACAUAAUGUAGCCCUCUCUACAGCUGAAGUCGAAUAUGUCAGCGCAAGUGAGGCUACUACACAAGCUAUAUGGCUGAGAUUUGUGCUUGAGGAUUUUGGAGAAUUACAGACUGAGGCAACUCCAUUAAUGGUAGAUAACACAUCUGCCAUUGCAAUGACAAGAAAUCCUGUUUUCCAUCAGAAAACCAAGCACAUCAACCGCAGGUAUCAUUUUAUCCGAGAUGCUUUGCAAGAUGGGGUAGUGGACUUGAGGUAUUGCAAGUUUGAAGAACAAGUGGCUGACAUUUUCACUAAAGCUUUGCCUAAAGAUCGGUUCAACUAUCUUAGAGGAUUGCUUGGUGUUAAACCAGUUAACAAUUUAGAAGGGAGUGUUGAAGUAUAA